UUGGGAGACUUCAUUAUGGCUUCUGGAUUUUCGCCAACACCGCGCAAGGAGGGAACGUGGACGAAAUUGGUCAUAUUCGCCGCUAUAUAUUGUUUGAUUCUUGAGUCGGUUCUUCAAAUGGUCUUGGUGCUAUUUCUCUACGGCAAUGCAACAGUUGACUCAAAGAUGACUACAAGCCUGAUCCUGGCUCUGGUGUCGUCUAUCCUUUCGAUCCCUUUGAUUUCGCUCCAAAGCCUGGUCGCCUGGCAAUACAACAAUAUUGGAGGGUUUGGAGAGCAAAAAACGGUUUUGCAUAAUAUCUGCACCUAUGUGUUGAGAUUGGAUCUUAUGAUGUGGCUGGCUACCAGUGUCUCUGGACUGGUAGUCGCUGCUCAACAAGUGUACUGCCUACCCGAAGGAACACAUGCGACGUUCUGGCGCGUAGGUGCCAGCUGUGCAUUUCACCGGGCUACUGUUAUCGUGUCGGUCAUAUCACUAGCCACCGUGUGCACCAUGUAUUGCGCGAGGGAACUAUGUGAUCGGCCAUACGACGUUUCUAUCGUUGGCAUCUACCGACGCCAGCUGACAGUGAAAGACGGCAGCGUUUUUUCGGGUAACAGCUGGGAUAGCGACGAAACCCUCAGAAAUGAGAUCCUCAAUCUCUGUCGCCAGCAUGAUGGCAAAGCUGGCGAAGAUUGGUUCGUGGAUCCGCUAGCCAACAAAGUCCGAUGUCAUCCAAGUAUCCGACACCCAGCCCCUGUUCGCCUGCGGCCACAACUCCGAGUCAACACUGACCCGGGCUCAGAAUAUGGUGAAAUCACUUCAGGUACAACUAUAUCACCAGACGACAGUCUACCUCGUACCUCCCCUGGGGCACAAACGUUGUCCAGCGACUUCUUUCCUAUCUCACGAACAUCGACUGUCAUGACGUCCCAGACAAUCAGCGAAUCUGGAAAUCUCCUCUCAGGAUUUUCUGUUCCUGAAGUGCCAGCAAUUCCUAAGCAAUACGCAGCUCAUAAACGGGGGAAGUCAUCUCUAUCCUCCUUGAAACGGUUCUUCCCGAAGACAUUUGGGCUUUCGCUUCCUCUGUCAUCGGACCCCCAGAUUCGUGCACUAGCAGACCCAAACGCUGCAUCAGAUGUGGAGAAACAAGUCGUGACAGCAUUCCCCAGAAGCAAGCCAGAGCAACCCAUAACGGCAUCCAGCGAAGCCACCCAGACAAACAACACACCCACCGAAAGGACACCCAAAAGACCAGAACACUCUCGAACAAUGACAAUGAACUCUGCCGACGCUCCAGAAGUAGUAGUUCAAAUGCCCGAGCCAGUCAAAGUCCGCCGUUCUCAAACAGCAACAGCCAGUUUCGCUCCAACCCACAUCUCCAUCCACCAUCCCCACCACCCAAACUAUAUGCCCGGCCCAAUGCCAUCCCAACCCAACAACCGAAGAUACUCCCUCUCCUGCAGACCAAACUCCUCCCUCCACCCCCUCCACGUCGAUCCCACCAGACGCCCAAACUCCCGUCAGACAUCCGGCAUGCCCCCGGUCCGCAGCACAACAUAUCAAUUCGACCACCCUCCCCGCCACACACAAAGCCAGUACCAACAGUACAACGCCCCAGCCCGCUGGGGUAGUCUCCAAACUUUUGACCCCAACCAGGUCAUGGCUGCCCCGCGCAGAAAUGAUGUUGAAGUCAUCUACCCCAGUACCCGCCGGCCGCGCAGUAACACGCAUGGAGGCCCGAGUGGGCCGUUGAGCUGCAUCCUUGAGUCAAGUGCUACAUCCCGUGCUUCGGUUGAUGAUAGGCGGAUGGUUGCUGGUGCUGGGACGCCUGAGUCGACGCGUAACGUUAUUGACGGGAUGACUUAUCGGGGAGCUAAUCGGACUAGUUUGAGCUUUUACUAG